CACCGAAGGUCCCUCAACUUGUUAUCGAGUUACGAAAUCGUCCUCCAACUGUAAAACCGAAUAUCCGGCGUCCCUUAACUAAUCAAAACCGGUCACAAUAGAUCCUUCGGUGGUUUUGUCCCUGGUUUUGUCCUACGUGGCGGCUGAGUCAGCGUGUGACCCACGUGGGCCCCACAUGUCAGGAGCCCAGGUCAUCUCACUUCCUUUCUCUUCCUCUCUCUCUCCCCUCACUCUUUUCUUCUCUUCUCUGGGAUGGAGUUCAUGGCACGGCGGACAACGGAGGUUGACUGUAGGCUGGUCCCACGCCGCGGCUCCGCCACACUCGCUCGACAGUCCACGCCGGCACGGUGUGUGCCUAAAGCCACCGCACCACCCGAGGCAGCUCAGGCGCGCCACCUCCUCCAGAUCCACGCCCAGUUCGUUGCGUCCGGCCUCCUCGCCGACGCCUUCGCCACUAGCCGCCUCAUCCUCUUCACCACCUCCACCCGCCUCCUCCCGCUCCCGUUCCACCACUCGCUCCGCCUCGCCCCGUCGUUCUGCGCAGCCCGAGCCAACGAGAGCGGCGAGCAACCGCUCGGGCAAAGCCCGCUCGAGGCCGAGCAGCAGCCGCCGCCGCAGCCGCGGGGAGGGGACGGAGGGAGCAAGGACGCCACCGCCGUCGCGCCACGUCCGGGCCUGGCAGGGAGGGAACGGGGAGAGCGAGGACGCCGUCGUCGUCACGCCGCGUCGGGGUCUGGUGGGGAGGGGACGGGGAGAACGAGGCUGCUGCCGUCGCGCCGCGUCGGGGCCUGGCGGGGAGGGAACGGGGAGAGCGAGGACGCCGCCGCCAUCGCGCACGCAGCUCCAUCGUUUCUCGUUCCCCAACCUCAGCUGGGGCAACCACCGCCUCCUCCGCUGCUCCAAGAACCCCGCCUCAUCGCCUCCACCCGCGGUGCCGGACACCCCGUCGCCGGACAAGGAGAAGACCGCCCACAGCUCCACUGACGGCGUCGGCGUCGGCAGUUUGCCUCAGCGGGGUCCGCAACGGCCGUGGAACCUCCGCACCUGCCGCUCUGCCACCGCCGCACCGUGUCCAGAGGGAUUGGACGAUGCGGCUGAUGCCGCGCUGGAGUGAGCGCCGCCGCCGCUGGCGACGACCAAGAAGCGGGUGUCCUCCAACGUGCUGUCCGAGGAGAUCGCCCAUGUCUUCAAGACGAUAAUAGGGGAAAGACAGAGGAAUUGAGGGUGCCAUGACGUGGCUACUCUGACAUGUGGGGUCCACGUGGGUCCCAUAUUGAUUCAGUUGCCACGUAGGACAAAACCGGGAUCAAAACCGCUUGAGGAUGUAAAGUGACCGGUUUCGAAAAUUGAGGGAUGUCAUAUAUCUAAUUUUAUGGUUGGGGGACGAUUUUGUAACUCGAUGACAAGUUGAGGGA